AUGGCUGAAGCCGGACUCUUCACCGACGACCUCGUCUCCCCCACCGUCGCCGCUGCUCUUCCCGAGGGCUACAUCGUGCGUGCUCUUCGUCAAUCCGAUUACAACACAGGUUUCCUCGACUGCCUGCGUGUCUUGACCACCGUUGGUGAGAUUGGCGAGGCCCAAUUCGCGGAACGCUACCAAUGGCUAUCCAAGAGUGACGGAUACUACAUUCUCGUCAUUGAGGACACAAAUACCAAGACCGUUGUCGGAACCGGCGCCUUGAUCGUCGAGCGCAAGUUCAUCCAUAACCUUGGUCUCGUCGGCCACAUCGAAGACAUUGCCGUUGCAAAGGAUCAGCAGGGCAAGAAGCUCGGCUUGCGCAUCAUCCAGGCUCUAGAUUUCAUCGCAGCCAAGGUCGGUUGCUACAAGAGCAUCCUUGACUGUAGCGAGGCCAACGAGGGCUUCUACGUCAAGUGCGGCUUCAGGAGAGCCGGGCUCGAGAUGGCCCACUACUACGAGGGAGACAAGAGUAAGGCCCAGUAG